AUGUACACGUGGAAGGACGCCACCCUGAGAGAACUGACAGAUCUGUUGAAGGAGGUGGUGCCGGAGGCCCGUCGUAGGGAAGCGCGGCUAUCUUUUGCAUUCGUGUACCCAAAUAGACAGGGGAGGAACGUGAUGAAACAGGCCGGUAUCACCAACUCAAUGACUCGCAGACCAACACCCGAUGACAACAGGACGUUGCACGAGCUGGGGUUUCAGACUGGUGACUUCCUAGACGUUGCUAUUUUCACAUGA